AUGUCAAAAGCCAUGGGAGUUAUCUACUAUGAAACGCCCUUCUACGCAGCAUGGGCUCAGACGCGCGGACGAGCGCUCACGGCCUCCUCACACACAAAGUCCCCACGCUCGCAGACGCCUGCCGUAUUCGCUGCCAGCAGCAACUCCAGCCCCGACCGCACCGUGGGCAGCCUGGAGCGCAAACCUUCGGGCUCCUACGCCCACAACCGCAACACAUCUAUCGUACAUGGCAUACAGCACUCGAGGAACACCAGUUUCGUCAACUCCCCGGCCACGAGCCCCCUAAGUCCCCAGGCCAUCGCUGCGGCCGUGGCAACUCUAGAUGGAGCCGUCAUGUCUCAAGAAUCUAUAGCGGAGGCAUUUGCCGCAAAUGGUAUUCAGCCCGGCGCAACCCACACAAACGGCCAUACGGCUGCCGGGGCGUCGACAGCAGGAGGCAGCGAUGGGAACUGUACUCAUCGCAAACCGGAGCGCGCUCCGAGCAGGUCGUCGCGACGGGGACACAACCAACAGCGCUCCCAGUCGCGGCACCCCCCGACGAACCAUGAGCUGAAGACAGUGGGCGAAUUCGCGCUUCACCACUUGUUCAAUGCAUUCAUUGGCCAGGCUGAACUGAAGAUCAACCAAUGCAUGACAGACAGAGGCCAGCCCGAGGCUAGGGUCGAGUCUAUAUGUGGUCCUGGCGUAGACACAGAAUUUGAUCAGCUUAUAGCAGCCCUCGGGCACAUCGCACGGCCGGCACCAAAGCCCCUCAUCGAUUCCAUCAUGCUGUGGCGGAAGAAGAAGAGCUCAGAUGCUUACGAGCAGCGUGCUCUAUUGCAAAAUGCCGAACAACGAUCAACCGUUUCAACGUACAUAUUGUGCCGAGUACUGAUUGAAGUCAUGGCCCAAACCAACCUGCACAAUCUCACAGCAGAAAUGGCAGAGCGUCUGCUUGGACUGUUCUACGGACAGCUGAGCACCAUGGACCCCGACCUGGUUGAGCUUUCACCAAUCAAUUUUGCGAACUGGACCGUCUACAGUCAGCUGCUAGGUGUGAUGAGCGCUCUCGUUCCCACUCAUGUCCAGGACAGAUUUAUCGCCGAUUUGAAAGUUAUAGACGGACAGAUGGCCAUCAAGGGACAAUACAACAGGGACGCCGAGGCCAAAGGGGCUCUUCUUCUACGCGCUUUACGCAACGUCAAAAUCAAGACAUAUCCGGAAGAUGCAUGGGAUCGCUCAUGCGACUUCAUGCUCUGCAUGGCCAAGCUCUAUACCAACGCUCACGGCCAGCCAAUGAAGUACGCAUAUUGCCAGGUACUCCGAGAGCUUCUUCAACGAGUGGCUUCGAAUGCCACAGUCGAAAUCAAUAGCCCAAAAUGGAAACCCUCAAUCGAUAUGAUGAAGCAAAGAACCUCUAUCCUGUUAGGCAAACCAAAGCACUGGCAGGAAGCAUUCCCUCUCAUGGUGGCGCUUCUUUGUGUUUCACCCAUGGAGUCCUUCUUGUCACAAUGGCUUGCUCUAGCGCUAGCUACGCAACCAAAGCUGAAGGAACGUACCACCAGAGCCAUCGCACUCCGUGGAAUAUGUCGUCUUGUCUGGGCCUAUCUGUACCGAAAAGGGACUGAGCCGCCUAACCUUGCUGUUCGACGACUGGAAGAGGUAAUCCGGAUGGUAUUUCAACCAGGUCGGAAAUCGUACCUCUCCACAGAGCCUGCCAUUGCGGAGCCGCUCAUCCAGCUUACACGCAUGAUCGGUUUCAAAUACCAGGACCUUUGUUUCAAAACCAUCAUAUUUCCCUUGCUCAAUUCUGAAAUGUUCACUUCCAACCGUGAGCUUCGUGUGGACAAUUUGGAGCCGGACCGAGUUGUGAUUGGAAUCCGCUCCUUUCUUGCCAUCAUGGCUGAUCUAGAAAACACCGUGCAGCCACCAUUCCCGAUUACAUUCGAUUUCGAUCCAAACGCUAUCUCUUCCGAGGUCCCAGCUCCCCCAAUGAGCCCGCAGCCGCUGCAACAGCUGUCACUGAAGUCGACUCUCAAAGAAGAACGCUUAUCGCGACCGGUGAACUUCAAUGGAUUUGGUGAAGUGGCAAAAGAAUAUUACGUUCGCUUUUGCAAGAUCUUAGGGGAGAUCACCAUCAUUUGUGACAACGCUUUUGGUGGGCAGGCCGCCCUCGACGAGAAGUUUUCUCUACAAACACCGAAAACACCCAUGUCCGAAGCUUUCAGCUUCGGUCGCCGCGAGGACCAUCAGACGCCAUCGGAUCCAAGGCAAGGCUUUUACGAUUUGCUGCAUGUCGCAGUUCAAGCUCUGCCACGUUGCCUGUCUCCGCACAUCCCCUUCAAUUCGCUAGUUAAUUUGCUUUGCACCGGAACUGCUCAUGUCCAAAGCAACAUUGCCGCAUCAUCCGCCCAAUCCUUGAAGUCAAUUGCAAGACAAUCACACGCACAACAAGUGACCAUCGGAUUCGCGCGCUUUAUAUUCAACUUCGACGAUCGUUACGCGACCAUGUCUGAUGGCGGCAUGCUUGGAGCAGGUCACAUUGAGAGCACGCUAAGAUUGUAUGUGGAGCUAUUACAAAUCUGGAUUGAGGAGAUCAAGCUCAAGACACGCAAGGCUGCCUUGGAUACACCAGAUGAUGGCUCUGGUAGUCGGGCAGCUCAGCUCGACUUAUCGUCAGUUUGGGCACACGUUGAUGAAAUCGAGUCACAUGGUCUAUUCUUCCUGUGCUCGCCAUCACGCCGUGUAAGAUCGUACGCGGUUACUGUUCUUCGCUUAAUCACUGAGUUCGAUACUGCCCUGGGUGGAUCUAACACCCGCGUCAUUCGAGUCAUGGAAGGCAGCCCGCAGAAGGUGUUGGACAUCAGUGACGAGAAACUCUCUCUCGCUGAACGUAGCCGGCUUCAACGUGGUAUGCGCAAAAGCAAUGUUCAGAGUACGUUGGUUGAGCUCUGUAGCAGCGAUGUGCCCUACGAUUCAACUCUUUGGUUCAAGAUCUUCCCGAAUCUGAUCCGCAUCAGUUUUGAGGUUUGCCCAUUCGCUGUCACGCUCACAAGGGACAUCGUAUGCGCUAGACUUUCGCAAAUGCAUCGCACUCUGCUCUUGCUUGCAGACGGACAUCGUGCAACCCCUUACUCGCCAUUUGAUCCCAACCCCGGAAAAAUUAGUGGCCGUCUAGCUUCUACCUCGCCAGAGGUAGUUGUUGAGCAGUGGAAACUGUAUCUCAUUUUUGCCUUCACAACAUUGACCAAUCUUGGCCCAAGUGCUUUGCCAUCCGCACAGCCCCAAACAGCACACUCCAGGAAGAGCUCAAAGUCCUCCCAAAAGAGCGCCAAUAAGCUCUAUACAGCCACCGAGCUCUUCUCCAAGGUUCUCCCAUUCCUUUCAGUUGAUGAUAGCGCCAUUAGAGAUGCUGCUGUCGUCGGUCUUGGGUCGGUCAACCGCAACCUAUAUCGCACACUACUAGAGACCCUUCAGGGACAUGUUGCUGCAUGCGCCGAAGAGGCGAAGACUCGCCUCGCCACACACAAUCGCACCCUCAGUAGUCCGCGGCGAAACUUUCGCACUGAUCAUCUUCGCACCGAGAUCACGCAUGUCUACAAGCUCACAUCCCAAUUUCUCAAGGUCCCUGACGCGGACAGUGACGAGUGGAUCCUGAACAAUCUCAUGAACUAUACGAAAGAUUUACGAAUAUUCCUCAGCGACACCGAGAUUCAAAAUGACGCACACUUCUUGAAAUUACGUACACAUUACUGCGGCUUGGUCGAAGUCCUAUACGAAGGCGUCAGCAAGACUAGCGACCCAUUUCAGUGGAUGCCAUUCCAAGCGCGUAAGGCUGCAUUCACAUUGAUGGAAGAAUGGUGUGGCUACGCUGCCAAUCAAGCUCAGAUACGACAACGAGAAGAGCAAAUGCGACGGUCUAUGCUGGAUCGUGAAGUUGACAUGGGUCACAAGAACCAGGCUAGCGCAGCACACGAGAUUGAAAGACGAGACCUUCGUACAGCAGCUCUCAGCGCCAUGGCUGCACUGUGUGCCGGGCCCGUCAGUAUUACCACUGACAGCAAAGUCCUGCUCCAAUUCGAUGUGCGGCGUAUGUUAUCAUGGAUCGACAGCAUCUUUGAAACACCCAGCGACAGAACCCAUGCAAUCGGUCGUCGAGCUCUAACCAACCUACUUAUCCACAAUCGAGAACACCCUUACUUGCUGGAUAGGGCGAUUGAGAUGUGUUACCUUUCAAAGUCGGCCAAAGCGCUAGAGAGCUACUUUGAAGUGGUUACACAAGUUCUGACGCACCACGAACAGUACACCCUCCCGUUCUGGAAAGUGCUGAGUGCCGGCCUCUACACUCUUGGACACGAACAUAGUGGGAUCCGUAUGAAGUCAGCACGACUGCUCCGAACCCUCGAAGCCCGAGAACAAAAGAACUCAAAACUACAGGAUCUUGACAUCAGUAUCUCCGACAAGACAAUUGCCGUGUACAAACUCGCUCAAUUCGAAACAUCGCGUAGGCUUGCCAAGCAGCACUCAGAGCUUGCAUUCUUGGUUUUCUCCCAGUUCUCAUACUACUUCAAAGAUCUGCAGCCUGAUCAUCAACGCAAUAUGGUAGCCGCAAUGCUGCCAUGGGUACAGACUGUUGAGCUUCAGGUCAAUCCAGAUGGUGGUCCGACCGCCAAUUCUUACAUGCUCCUCGUCAACAUGUUCGAGAUCACCGUUCGAUGUGGCAAUGCUUUGCACAACGAAAUCCAAGCACUCUGGCAAGCGUUAGCCACAGGUCCGUACGGAGGAAAUGUACAGCUGAUCUUAAACUUCAUCAUCAACUUGUGCCUAGACAAGCGCGAGCAGAACUACGUGGACUUUUCCAAACAGAUUGUCGUUCACUUGUCCAGUACUCCAGCUGGCCUAAAGGUGGUGGAAUUUCUGCUUAUGCAGAUCAACCCACGCUCAAUGGUCAGUGAGAAGCGGGAACCAGCAGUGCCUCCACCAGAUGCCGCCAAUCUUCCCUAUCUUGCUGAUCUGAGCGCUUUGCUUCCGAGCAGCAACAAACAGUCCGGAUACGCUCUUGGACAAAUUUGUCUGAUCCUACUGGUGGAUCUCAUGGUAUCGCCUGUUGAAGUUGCCCACGAGCACAUCCCCCUGCUGCUUCAGGUCGUUACAGUACUUUGGGACCACUACACUCCUGUAGUCCAAGAUCAAGCGCGAGAGAUGCUGGUUCAUCUUAUUCACGAGCUCGUCAUCUCCAAGAUUGACGACGAUACACUAGGUAUUGACAAACGAUCGAUCGAAGAUUUCAUUGAGAAUGUUCGACAACAUGACGUCAGAGUGGUCUGGAACUACGAUGAUAAAAAUGGCAAAGAUGCAGAGGAUUCGGGCGCAAAGGUCCCGGAGUCCAUGGUCUACGUCGCAGCAGAAGUCUUGAAGUUCUUCUCACUAGCAUAUCCUGGUCUAAGAGAAGCGUGGGGAAGGGUUGCCCUGAGCUGGGCAACAUCUUGCCCCGUACGACACCUAGCUUGCCGAUCCUUCCAGCUGUUCCGAUGCAUAUUGAGUUCUCUCGAUCAGCAGAUGCUGUCCGACAUGCUCGCGCGACUCUCGAACACAAUCUCUGACGAAGAAAGCGACAUCCAGACUUUCUCUAUGGAGAUACUCACGACUUUGCGAGCUAUAAUUGAAGCCCUGGCGCCGGAAGACUUGAUUCAAUACCCGCAGCUAUUUUGGACGACAUGUGCUUGCCUCGACACAAUACAUGAAGGAGAGUUCAUGGAGAGCUUGCUUAUGCUGGACAGGUUUCUGGACAAGCUUGACCUGGGUGAUAAAGCGGUAUUGCAGAUUCUUGAAGAUAGCCGUCCAGACAAGUGGGAAGGCAACUUCGAGGGCUUGGCUCAACUCACGUAUAAAGGCGUCCGGUCCAGCGUCUGCCUCGAUAGAUCCCUGCGGAUACUUGAGAGACUGGUUGUGCUACCGUCCAGCCGUAUUGUGGGCGACGACAGCCGUGUGGUGUACACUGUGCUAGCCAAUCUACCACGGUUCCUGCGGUCUUUCGACUCAACAGCCAAAGACCCCGGUGUCAGAGCUACUGCCGAAGUUCUCGCCCGCAUAUCCGACGAGCAACAGUGCUCCGCACUGUCAGACGCCUUGACUGCCUUUGCACUGAAGCGAUACCGAGCGCAGAAAGACUUUCUUGGCCAGCUGAUGUCUGCUAUUCGCACAACAUUCUUCCCCGAUCUCGAAUUCGGAAGCCUGGUCUUUCUCUUCAGUCUCCUGACCAACAGCAUUGAUUGGAUGAAGAUCAAGACUAUGGAAGUUCUUUGUAUCCUGCUCCCGGACAUUGACAUGCGCAAAGCGGAAAUCGUUGCGAAAGGAGCCGAUUUGAUAUCACCACUCUUGCGAUUGUUACAGAGCGAGUUCUGUCCUCAAGCUUUGCGAGUAUUCGACUUUGUUCUGGAUCUGAACACGACAAUGUCGGCAACGCCGCAAGAGAGGCAACACAUGCGUAUGAGCAUGGCCGGGCCGCACUCAACUAAGAAUUACAAGAAGCAGUUUGACAGGACCGUUUCAUUGUACGGAAUCCCUGAAGAGAGUGGCUGGUCCGUUCCCAUGCCGGCGCACCAUUCGCAUCUGACGCGCGCGAACGUACACGCUGUCUUCUACACCUGCGCCAACCUCGAAGGCAGUGACAUCCCAGCAACAGCUACGCCCAAUAUUGAGUUCCGUCAGGAGGAAUUCCCUUUCAGUCCACUCUCAGAGUACCGCACGGCUACCAUGACCUCCGAAGACACACGUGGUGACAGUCAUAUUGGAGAGCUAGUUAUGAAGCUCGACAGCCUGGACGAUUUCUUCGAGGACGAUGAUGAUGAUGAUGCCGAAACACUCACUGACCUCCCAAACUUCUCACCCACUCGCUACACGCACGGCCCUUAUUCUACAGACAUGCGAGAGAACCUCUACGAUCAGCAAACUGCACCGAUCCUGAACAAAUCGCUUACGCGCAAUGGCAGCAUCACUUCCUUCCAGACCGGCUUCAUGCCUGAUGUCAAGCACAUGCCGACUAGAGAUCCGGGCGUAAUGACGCCUGGAGCUUUCAAUGCUUUCGCACCGCCCAACGCUAGCGUCGCAUCAAUGACCAGCAUGUCCUCGCGGCCAGGCCUACACGCUCGAUCCGUGACUUCACCAUCAGCACCGAAUGCGCCUCCACGCAUCUCACCUGCAUUGUCAUUCACGGCACUCGACGAGCACGAUGAACCCUUCUCCGACGACGAAUAUGCUUCGGGUCGGACGGGCAGCGCAGACAAGGGCAAUUUUAGUCUCGAGACUGUGUUGAAGCCUGUUGCGCAAGACACGCGCAGCCGGUUACGAAGCGGCAUGCGUAGACUUACAGGUGGCGGGGGUGACAACAAAGAGGGGGCUAAAACACGGGAGGCUAUCAAGCAGGCGUUGCAGAAGAGUCCACAGGUUCCGAAGGUGCCGGACAUUUAUCUUGUCAAUCCGAAAAGCGCGGAUCUAUGA